AUGAAGAUUUCAAGCUUGCUAUUCGCCACCAGUGUUUUGGGGCAUGCUAUCAAUGGUAGACAAUCAAUAGUCAGUCAAUUGAGUAAAAGAGACGAAAAUGAUCUUGUUGAUUUAGUAUACAACAAUCUUCCUUACCCCGAUAUUGAUUACAUAAACAAGCACUUAAAGGAAUUAACAUCUUUCAAUGGGUCUAAGUGUGACGCUUGUAAGAAUAAAAUGAAAUACGCUAGAAAGUUGGUUGAUACCGAACCUGAAAAUCAACAUUUAAUUAGUUUGACCUUAUUCAAAUAUUGUCUUGCUACUAAUAAAAAUGAUCCUACUAAAUGUGAUACUAGUGAUUUUUUCUUGACCACUCAAGAUAAACUGAUUGAGUUACCUAUUGAUAGCUAUGAUUCCGGUUUUGGUGAUGAAACUUCUGUCAAUUUGUUCGACAAUGAUUUCAUGCAUAUGUUAAGAAACUUCAACUUCGAGAACGAAUUAGAUAUUGAAUACUAUUGUUACUUUAAGUCUCGUGAAGCUUGUGAUUUACCAGAAACUCCAGAUAUUGAUGAGAUCUAUGAUUUUGAUUCCAAAUGGCCGGAAAAACAAUUAAAGCAUUGUAGUGAGCCGGAAUAUAAAUCUAAAGGUGAAUUGUUCAAUGUCUUACAUGUGUCUGACUUCCAUAAUCAAUUGAGAUAUGUCGUUGGUUCGGAAGCUGAUUGUGAUCAAAAGACUUGUUGUAUGGUUGAAACAUUUAAUGCGGCUUUACCUAAUAAGACCGAUUAUAAUUUCACUAGUCAAUAUUUCAAGAACGAUAAGAAUUUGAGUUCAAUUGACUUGAAUUUCUACCCAGAUGCCCAUUAUGAUGAAAAAGAUGACUUUGUUUCUGGUGAAUAUUAUGAUCUUCCAGCUGGUCGUGGGUGGGAUUCUGCUUCCUUACCUGCUUCCACUUUUGGUUCAUAUAAAUGUGAUGCACCAGUUGUGUUAACCAAUAAUACCUUUAAACAAAUUUCUUCAAUGAAAGAUAAGAAUUUCGAAUUUGCUUUAUUCACUGGAGAUUUAGUUGAUCAUGAUAAAAUUCAUUGUACUCCAGAGAUUACCAAAGAAGCCGAAAUUUUAGGUUUCAACAUUAUGAAACAUUAUUUGGGUGGAAUUCCUGUUUAUUCUAGUUUAGGUAACCAUGAUACUUUCCCUUACGGUCAAGUAGCUCAACAAAAAUAUGAUACCAAUGGAACUUAUCAAUAUAACAGUGAUUUAAUGAGUGAAAUUUGGAUCAAUGACGGGUGGUUACCAGAAGAAGAAAGACAAGAAAUCAGAACUCAUUAUUCAGGUUUCUCUACCACCACUAAUAGAGGAUUGAAGGUUAUUUCUUUGAAUUCUAACUGUUAUUACCAAAAGAAUUUAUGGAGUUACAUUGACUUAGAGAAUGAUCCUGAUUCGUUUGGUCAAUGGGAAUUCUUAAUCAACGAAUUAGUUGAAAGUGAAGAAAAGGGUCAAAGAGUUUGGAUCAUGGCUCACAUUCCUUCCUCCGAUAAUGAUGCUUUACCUAUUCAAUCUAAAAUCUUUUCCAAAAUUGUUGAAAGAUUCAGUCCAUAUACUAUUGCUAAUAUCUUCUUUGGUCAUACUCAUAGAGAUCAAUUCAAAGUUUACUUCUCUUCAAACUCCACCAUCAACUCGAAUGCUGACGAAGUGGAAAAAUCCGUUGUUAAUAUGGCUUGGUUAUCCCAAUCAAUUACUCCCCGUACAAAUUACAAUCCUUCAUUCAGAUAUUACGAAGUUGAAGAUGGAUCUUUCAAUGUUAUGAAUGUUUAUAAUUAUUAUGCUGAAUUGAAUGCUACUUAUGUCAACGGACCAAAUGAGCCAGUAUGGAAAUUUGAAUAUUCUCCAAGAGAAACCUAUGACCCUGAAGGCACUUGGCCAGAAUCAUCUCCAUUAAACGCAACUUUCUGGAAUGAUUACGUCUUACAAAGACUUUUGAAUACUAGCGAUAUCGAUUUCAACCAAAAGUAUACUGGUUAUCAAUAUAGACUCACCCCAACACAACCUAAAUGUGAUAAUGAUGGAGAACUUUCUGAUAAGUGUUAUAAUCAAAAUUAUUGUGAAGCUGGUACUUAUUUGUCUGAAGAUUUCAUUAGAUGUUUAAGAGAUGAUUAG